AUGCAAGAAUGCCACAUUGCAAAGGGAGCAGCAAUUUGUACUGCACAAGACUGACGCUGAGUAUGAUGAAUUCCGACCAACUCUUAGUCUGUCCGUACGACCAGAACCACCGGAUCCGAAGCAGCCGUUUUCCUUACCACCUGGUGAAAUGUCGGGAAAAUCACCCUGAACUGGCAAACGUGAUUCAAAUCUGCCCGUUUAAUGCCAGGCACCGCAUCCGUAAACCUGAAUUUAAGCACCAUCUCCUCCACUGUGAGGAUGGCAAGCUGGCAGCAGAGGGUGGCAUGCAGAGAGCUGAAUUUACUUUUCCGGUUGUCUCAUCCAACUCCGCACCACAAACUGGUAACAGAGAGAGACUUUCCUGUGGAGAGAACUGGGAUGAUGAAGAGGAUGAAGCCUCAUCUCCUUUUGUCUUUGGUCAGAGUAAGUUUCUCAAUGGUAAGAAGAUGUAGAGAAGAAAGAACACAAGGAUGUGCUUCAUUUGAGCGACUGUGUGCAAGGCCUGAAAAAAUCUUAGAUAUACAUUUUUUAAAGGAAAUUCUACAUUUUGAUAACUUUUAUUUCUAAAAGUGAGAGUUUUAAUGUUUUACUCAAUUUUUGGAAAGAACUUUGAGAUGUUUACAGUUCAAGCAUAGUCUCUGGAGUAGGCCUUGAAACCCCUACCUCUUCAGUUAAGACUGCUCCCACUGAAUGUAGUCGGACAUAUUGUGGUUCAAAAGUUCCCCUGAACUGUAAUCUCUCACUGCCCAAGAUCAACAAAUCGUUGUGAAGCAGUGACAGUUCUUUAAUGGCACAUCAUGCUGUGUAGAUUGCAGAUCUGUUGUCCUUGUAUUUCCCAUUUUGAUAUUUUUUAAACCAUCUCUUCACUCUGGAUUUGUACAAAUCCAAUCUAACAAAUGACAUUGAUGUUUUAAAAUUAAAGUAUUGAUACUGGAAGUUUGUGGGGUUUUUGCUUGAACAAAACAAAACUGAGGCAGGUUUUAAGUGAGCAGGAACACUUUUUUUUUGUCCAACUUCAUCACAUCUGGAAGAGUUUGAAGUGUUUCAUAGCCAUAUAGUUCAAAACUACUGUCAGACAGCACAUGGAUUGCAUGGAGUCUGACA